CAGCGGCGACAUUAAGUAGUUCGCACAUAAAUCUCCACAACGACGUCGUACUCUGCAAUCCGCAAUCAGAAAUUCAGAAUUCAGAAAGCCACAAAACCGGCAACAGCUUCACUGAAAUAUUGAUUGAAACGAAAGACGGAAGUUAGGGAAGAAGAAUGUCAUCGAUAUACGUGUUAGAGCCGCCGACAAAAGGAAAGGUGAUAGUGAAUACGACGCACGGGCCACUUGACAUCGAGCUCUGGCCCAAGGAGGCACCAAAAGCUGUGAGGAACUUCGUGCAGCUCUGCCUCGAAGGCUAUUUCGACAACACCAUCUUUCACCGCAUUAUCAAGGGCUUUCUCGUCCAGGGUGGCGACCCUACCGCCUCUGGCACAGGUGGUGAGAGUAUAUAUGGAGGCCCCUUUGCUGAUGAGUUCCACUCACGUCUAAGAUUCAACCACAGAGGGCUAGUUGCAUGUGCAAAUGCUGGCACCCCACAUUCUAAUGGGAGUCAAUUUUUUAUAUCUUUGGAUAGAUGUGAUUGGCUUGAUAAGAAGAAUACUAUUUUUGGAAAGGUCACUGGAGAUUCAGUAUUUAAUAUUUUGAGGAUAGGUGAGGUUGAUACUGAUAAGGAUGAUCGGCCUUUGGAUCCGCCACCAAAAGUGCUCUCAGUUGAGGUAUUAUGGAACCCUUUUGAAGAUAUUGUUCCAAGAACGCUAUCAAGGCCUUCUAUCCAAACCACAACUGGUGCUGAAAAUAGAGACACAAAGAAGAAAGCUGUGAAAAAGCUGAACUUGCUUUCAUUUGGAGAUGAAGCCGAAGAAGAGGAGAAGGAAUUGGCAGCUGUAAAGCAAAAGAUCAAGAGUAGCCAUGAUGUUUUGGAUGACCCCCGUCUUCUGAAGGAUGAUAAAGGAUUGGGCACUUCUGGAGACAAAACGAGAGAGGUGCAGUUAUCCGUAAGAGAAGCUCUGAGCUCAAAGAAAGAAGAGCCAGGAAAACUUAUGGAAGCUGAAUCCUUUAAUUCCCCUGAUAAUAGUGAUGAAGAUGAGUCAAACUUUGACGCAAGAAUGCGCGGGCAGAUACUUAGAAGACGACAAGAGCUGGGAGAUGCCCCAAUCCCACCUAAGCAAAAGCCUCGAAAGGGGAGCUCAAGCCCAAAGUAUAAUGACAUGUCUACUCGAAGAUCUAAUGCAGAAAGCAUUGAUGAUGAACAACCAAGGGUGGAAAAGUUGUCCUUGAAGAAAAAGGGCAUAGGGUCGGAAGUCAGAGCUGAACGCUUAGCCAAUGCAGAUGCUGACUUACAGCUCUUGGGUGAUGCAGAACGAGGAAGACAAUUGCGAAAGCAAAAGAAACGCAGGCUUCAAGGACGUGAAGAUGAAGUUUUAGCAAAGCUUGAGAUGUUCACAAAGGCCAUCUCUGAGAAAGCAAAUGCCUCAAGCAACAAAUCGGAAGGCGGUGAAGAUGAGGAUGUUUCUGAUUGGAAAACUGUAAGGUUAAAGUUUGCACCUGAGCAUGGCAAGGAUAACAUGUCCCGUAAGGAUGAUCCAAAUGACUAUGUUGUGCAUGACCCCCUGUUGGAGAAAGGGAAAGAAAAGUUCAACCGAAUGCAAGCCAAACAAAAGCGGCGAGAACGGGAAUGGGCUGGCAAGUCUCUUACUUGACUUAUCUUAGCAAACUUAUACGAGCUUGUGAAUAUUAAAGGCCGAAUGAAACUGAUGAGUUGGUUCACAUGGUGGUUUGUCUAAAACCGUGCAAAGGUUCUUCAAACCAUUGAAGCCAGUUUCCAAGAAAAUAGGAGCUUGUGUUUUAUUUACUUUAGUUUUAUUCAGCCCAGAGCAACUUUAACUGAAAAAGAGAAUUGCAGCCCUUUUGGUAUGUAACUUUAUACUCUAC